GGCGGAGAUCUCCGGCUGGUUGGUUCGAGACCCGCUUGCUCCGUCGUCCUCCGCACAGCCGGGCACCUUGCUGCGCAGCCGCGAGCAGGAGCAGCCCGAGAUUAUCGUCAUCAGCGACGACGACCACGAAGACGAAGAAGAAGAUGGUGCGCGCGGCGGAGAGAUCCGGCAUGGAGAGAUCCCGGCGCGCGUUAAGGAUGAGGAGUCUGAGGAAGGUUCCAGCGUCGACUGGGACGCGCUCAUGUUAAGCGACGACGAGUCCACUGCUGCUGCGCCGCCCGGCACGGCGACGGGUGUGCCGGAUGAGGAAGAAGAAGCGGAGCUGGAGGAUAAGGAUAAUCUGGAGGAGGAGCAAGAGGAAGAUGAGGAAGAUGAAUGGGAGGAGGAAGAAGAAGAGGAACGAGAAGCCGAUCUGGAGGAUAUGGUCGGCGAAGAGGAGGAGGAAGAACAGGGGAAAGAGGAAGAUGAAUGGGAAUUAGAAGAAGAAGAGGAAGAAGAACACGAGGAGACGGAAGAGGAGGAAUCUGAAUCAGAGCAAGAUGAAGAGGCAGCCGAGGAACCGCGCCGUGGCGGGCCUAGAAAUUCCGCGGCGGCUGGUCGUUAUGCGCACAGGGCAGAGGACGGCGAGAUCUUUGCCAAGAGACUGUUCGAAGGGUUGUGCAUCUCCAAGGCGGCGGACACCUCGGCUGCGGGCAAACCGGUGGCCGGGCGGACGCGGUCACGACGGCGAUGCCUCAACACGAAGCUGCUUCGGCAAGGCACCUACAACAAGCCAUACUGCCUCGACACGCCGUCAGAGUCAGGCUCGUCCGAGGCAGAGGAGGGUGUCAACAAGACGCCUCCUGCUCCAGCGCUGUCCUCCAGUGAUGAGGAGAUUGAAGCGGACGCCGGCGGCCAUGGUAGAACGGCGGCCAGGAAGGGAAGGCGCCGAGGGAAAAACCCUACCCCCAGUGACGACGAUUCCGAGGAGCACCGCGUCGGCGGCAGACAAGGAACGGCGGUGAGAAGGAGGAGAUGGCCCAAGGAUAAUACUGCUCAAUGUGACCACGAGGAGGAGGAGGACGACGAAGCCUUUGUUCCAUUCAGGAGGCCAAAGAGAUCAGGAGCAGUCCCCAAUCCCAGGGAUGGAUACUACGACCAACAGCAACAGGCCGGCGAUGCUCCCUUCAAGAAGAGCUCCCUGAUUCUUCCCAAGAAACGGUGCGGUGCCGGCCAGGAGCGAGAGACCUACGACGAUCUGCUGCAGUCCAUCUUCGACGAGAUCACGAACCAGCAGAACGGCUCUGCUCCUCUGGACGAUGGCUCUGCACCUGCGCAAGAACAGAGUGUCCCUGAUACGUUGCCCCUGAUAUUCUCCUUCGGGGACGAGGACCAGGUGGUGAAGGAGAAGACGGAGCAGGGCAAGUUUGAGGACCUUCUGUGGGCAGAAUUUGACUUUGCGUUGGAAUCCACCAAUGCUUGCUCUCAUGCCUGCCAGGAGGAGGGUGAAAAGAGCAAUGGGGAUGAAAUUCACGCAGACAGAGCAACUUCAUGCAAACGAGGGAAACAUGAUCUCAUUAUGGAUGAACAAAUAGGAAUCAGAUGCAAACACUGUGAUUUUAUCGAUCUUGAAAUUAGAGACGUAUUUCCAUCUAUGGUGAAGUUUUCAAUAGAAAGGGAACCAGCAAUGAGUCUCAAUUUGGAUUUGUUCUGUGAGGAUAUCAUAAAAUCAAUGGGAUAUGAAGGAACAAGUCAUUUUGAUAUUCAUGAGAGUGGCCUUGUCUGGGAUCUCAUUCCAGGGGUCCGGGAACACAUGUUCCCACACCAGCGGGAAGGAUUCGAGUUCAUGUGGAAAAAACUUGCAGGAGGAAUUGACAUUCAACAGGUGAAACAUACCGUGAAUACUGAUAGUACGAGUGGCUGUGUGAUUUCUCAUGCUCCAGGGACAGGCAAAACCCGUCUAGCGAUCACAUUUGUGCAAUCUUACUUGGAGCUUUUCCCGUGGUGCAGGCCAGUGAUAAUUGCUCCCAGGGGGAUGCUGGCUACAUGGGAGCAAGAAUUUAAAAAAUGGAACGUGAAGCUCCCUUUCCAUCUACUGAGUUCUUCUGGAAUCCAUUGGGAUGAAGACAAGACCAUCAAGAAACUGGUUGCACAGGACGAAAGUUUGGGCCAGAAGUUGUCCAUGAACAAAUUGAGCCAGAAAUCUAGGCUAAUGUUGAAGUUGGCCUCCUGGUAUGAGGGCAGUUGCAUCAUUGGUCUAAGCUAUUCACUUUACAGGAACCUUGCAAAGGGUGAAGACAUGGAUGGAGAAACGGUGAGGAAUCUGCUUCUCAAGAAUCCCGGCUUGUUGGUUCUCGAUGAAGGGCACACACCGAGGAACAAAAAAAGUCUAAUUUGGAAGGUUCUUGCAGAAGUCAGCACCGAAAAGCGGAUAAUUCUCUCAGGGACUCCAUUCCAGAACAACUUCCUGGAGCUUUAUAACAUCUUGUGCCUGGUUAAACCGAAAUUUGCAAGAGAUUUUGCCUGUACAAGACUCAACAAAAAAGACUUUAGUUCUAAGAGAACCUGCCAAUCAAGAGCAACACAUCAUUUGGAAGAGGAUGAAGGCAAGGAAUUCUGGAAAUCAUUAAGGAUGAGUAACAUCACUGAUGAUCAUCUCAGUGAAAUCCGGGAAAAACUGGACCCUUUUGUGCACAUCCAUAAUGGUGACAUUCUUCAGAAGUCACUUCCAGGAUUGAAAGAAUCUGUCGUGAUUCUUAAUCCUCUUCCUCAUCAGAAAGAAAUUAUCACAAUGAUGGAGAAAAGUGCAGGAAAGGGUUUUCUUGAUGCAGAAUACAAGAUAUCCCUUGCAUCUAUACACCCGUUCCUCCUCACAAGUGUAAAAUUGUCAGAUGAAGAAGCAUCUAUUGUGAACAAGCUGAAGAGUUCACGGCUGGAUCCAUGUGAAGGAGUAAAGACGAGGUUUGUUCUAGAGAUCGUCCGUCUUUGCAAACCAUUGAAAGAAAGAGUGCUUGUGUUCAGUCAGUACCUUGAACCACUGUCCCUAAUCAUGGAUCAGCUAACUAAAAAGUUCAACUGGACCGAAGGCAAAGAAAUCCUGCUGAUGAGUGGAAAUGUCCGUGUUAAACAACGUGAAGCCUUGAUGGAGGCCUUCAACGACAUGAACAGUGAGGCCAGGGUGAUGCUUGCAUCAACAAAGGCCUGCUGUGAAGGAAUAACACUUGUCGGCUCAUCACGAGUAGUUCUCCUCGAUGUCGUCUGGAACCCUUCUGUUGGAAGGCAGGCGAUUGGCCGAGCCUAUAGAAUAGGCCAGGAGAAGAUCGUGUACACAUACAAUCUGAUCGCAGAAGGAACAAAGGAGAAGAUCAAAUAUGACAGACAAGCCAAGAAGGAUCACAUGUCCAAAUUGCUGUUUACAAAGGAACCACAGGCUGCAGGGUGCAACCUGACACCAGAACUGAUAUUCGAUGAUAGGAUAUUGGAAGCAAUGACUGCACACGAAGAGCUCAAAGACAUGUUUGUGCAAAUUCUCCCUUCACAUUGACUGUGGACCCUGUAGUUCAAUCUUGGAGGCGGAAUAUAUAGAUUCUACAUUCCAUCCAUAUCUGAUCUUUGGAGUCUCCAAAUAAUAACUGGGAGAUGAUCAACAGGAUGCACUGGGUAAACGGCACGCAAAAAGGGUGAUAUGCGCCACUUGGUGAUGGCAUGGUGGUACUGGUACCUGCAUUUGAACUUGUAUCCAGAUGACCAUCACAUCCAUGUUAAAAAUUUGGAACUUCAAUGAUAAUUAGCUUGGCAGAUGAGGCGGCGAUCGUGUAUGGUGGUAUUGGAGCUGUCUGAAAUUCUGAACGAUUUGGAUCUCUUGGAAAUUUUCUCCUUUCAGCAUCAUCUCAUCUAAGAUCCCCCAUUCAAUCCCUGGAACACAUAGUUCAUAUUGCACAUUUGCACCAGCUCAUCCAGGGCAUGGACUCAUGUAGAGAACCAAUCAGUGCGGAAGUGGCUGUCAAUCUAAAUGUUAUUCGAUUAUUUGCGAAUGUAAGCUGCGGCGGCCAAAUGGUUUUGAUAUUUGAGUCUGUGUAGCUUUCUUUCUACCUAUGGAUCAUCAAGCAUGUGCUCAACGAUGGUUAAUUCGGGAACAUAUUGCCUGAAAGAUGACUGUAACAACUUUGCCACUAGUUCACGGAAAUCAGAAAGGCAGAAAGCUCCUAGAAAAUUACUGACUACCGUAACUCUCAUCAAACCAUCGAAGC